CUCUCUCUACCUCUAGCUGCCGGGUCUUGCUCUCUAAACAGCUAGCUCAGGGAUUCCACGAUCUGAAGGGAGCCGUGCCUGCUAACACUUCCAUAACUGCUUCAAUCACCAAGAAUGGCCACGGAAGGGAAAAUCCAAGAGAGGAAGUUCAGCCCUGAACUACAGAAGAAAAUAAGUUUGCAGUUUUUGAAGAAAAUUACGAAAGACUUCUCUGAUGACCAAAAAAUUUGCAGGGAUGCGUUUGGAACACUUUAUAAGGGAAUUUUGGAUGAUGACCAAGUAAUUGCUAUCAAGAAACUUGAGGAAACCGCGCUAUUGGCAAUUGGAAAGGCAUUUGACAAGGAGGUUCAGCAUAUUAUGGAUCUCAAACAUGAAAAUGUAGUAGAAUUGGUUGGAUACUGUAGUGAGGUAGAAAUGAAAGUGCUGCAGGUCGAUGGAAAAUAUAUUAAUGCAGAAAUUACUGAAAGUUUGCUUUGCUAUGAAUAUUUACCUAAUGGGAGUCUACAUGAUUAUCUCUUUGGGACCACAGAAGCGCAGGAAUCCUCUUCAGCUGAACGCAGUAUCCAUUGGGACGGACGCUUCAAAAUAAUAAAGGGGAUUUGCAAAGGUUUACUUUUUCUACACAAUUUGGAUAACCCCAUUAUCCAUAUGGAUCUCAAUCAUAACAGUAUAUGGUUGGGUGAAAAUAUGGAGCCCAAAAUUGGGAAUUUUGGACUCUCGAGACUCUUUGGCCAUGACCAGACCAGAAUGAGAACAGAAACAGUUGUGGGAUCAUGUGGAUACAUGGCUCCAGAAUAUAUAUACGAUGGUGUAAUAUCGGCCCAGGCAGACAUAUACAGUCUAGGCCUAAUGAUAAUCGAGAUCAGCACAGGGGAGAAGAAUCAUCCUGAUGACAAGCAGCUGUCCGGAAGGGAAUACAUUGAAAUUGUAAGAAGAAAAUUACUUGAGGAUUUGAAGAUACGCAUGGACUGGACAGCCGAGCACAUAGCAUCCGUGUACUCGUCUUAUGAUGCAGAACGGCUCCAGCAAGUAUAUGCAUGCAUAGAAAUCGGGCUAGAAUGUGUGCAGCUUGAUCGGACAAAAAGACCUCCGAUAGAGAAAAUUGUUGACAGGUUCAACACAGUCUGAAAUGCAGAAGAGGUACGAAACCAGAGAUAUACAUGUGCUGAGAUGAUUUAAAGGCCACUUUCACAAAUCCGUAUUGAUUGAGUGAAUAGCAAAAAAAACACCACAUUGAAGGCCUACGAAUUUCUGCAAGAAAGCAUUGAUUUUCAGCCUAUUUUUUUUGCAAAAAACACCAAUUGAUGGCUUAGAGCAUUAUGAUGACAAUUAUGACAUAUGGGUCCUGCAUUUGAUGAUGGGGCGUAGCGAUUCACAGUAAACGGCGUUAGACUGGUCAGAGCAGGAUUGAGUCGGGGGAGAGGGGCAGCUCGUGCCGGCGGGGUGAGAUGCAUGGCAGCAGUGGGAUUCAGGGGAUGCUGCCGCUGUGAACCUCCAGGGGGCGCAUAGUUGAAUGACCGGAGGUGGCGGCGACGGCGACGAGCGUCGUUGGUGCUGCGGCGGUGGAGCCCCACCGGGAGGAGGCGCCCAAGGCGCAAGCAGGCGGGGGCAGUCGAGAGGAGGCGGAAGGCGGGAGCUCCGCCGUAGGUUGGUGGCGUACGGGGAUGCAUGGAAUUGGCUGCGGCGCGAAGUGAAGCCCCGGCGCGUUGUGGCUGCCGUCGUCGGUUUCUUGGGAGGAUCCCCGGCCGGUGGCAACACACAGGGAUCAAGGGGCGGUCGCAGCGCGCGGGGAUGCCGGGUCUCGGCUGCGCGCGGUGGUGCCAGGAGGCGCGUCAGGCGUUGGGGGGCGGCAGAUUUUUAGUCUAAUGUCGUCUACUACGAAAUCGUUACACCACAUCAUGAAAUGCAGGACCCACACGUCAGAUUCGUCAUCAAAAUGCUCUAAGCCAUUAAUUAGUGUCUUUUAUAAAGAUUAGGCUCAACAUCAGUGUUAUUUGGCUGAAAUUUGUAGAAAAGUGUUUUUCUUUGCAAAGCUAGGCUUCAAUAUGGUGUUUUUUUCGCAAUUGAGUCGUCUUGAUUAGACUCAGGUGUAUAUCAAAUCUGUAUUUGUAAUGCCCUCAAUGAACAAACAGGUGAUAUUCAGUUAUGUUUGUAUCAUUUGACUUCUUUAAA